AUGGAUGAGCUAAAGUUUUUGGAACUCAGAAAGCAGAUGGAGGAAAACAACGAAGAUAUUAGAGAUUUUUUAAAAGAUAUGGAUAGCUGGAAAACAGAAGUUCAGAAGAAAAAAGAAAAACUCGCUAGCGAGUCAUCUAGUGCCAACGUCGACUUGCCGUCGAUUAGGAACACACUCAGUAAAAAGAAGAAGAAAUCGAAGCCAAAGGCUGAACAGCAGAAUACGCUUAAACCCAUCUUAAAACAACCUCGGAUUAAAAGUUACGAUUAUCGUGCGUGGGAUAAGUUUGACGUUGACGGCGCCUUAAAAGAAGUUGAUACGGCGAACGAUGAGAAAAUUUCGACAGAAAGUGAAACAGACGACGAGUGGGAAGAUGAACGACGCGUGAAGUUGGCAGAAGCUGAAAAAGAACAGGGCAACAUCCGCUUUAAAGUAAGUACGGUUUAG